CCAACCAACCAAGUAGGGAAGACCUUCUCUAUGAUAGAGUUCCAUCUACUAAACCAAACUUCCUCAGUAAGACCGAUCUUCAGAAGGCGGUCCUCAGCAGAACUAAAUGCAGGGAGAGCUCCCAGGUGUUCCACCUCAUCUACUGUGGUCUCCUCUUUCCACACCGCAGAGCCCUGGAGAUAUAUGGAAGGAGCAAACCUGAGCCAAGGGAUUGAGUUUGAGCUCUUGGGCUUCACCAGUGACCCCCAGCUCCAGAUACUGCUCUUUGUCGUGUUCCUGGGCCUGUACACCAUCACUGUGUUGGGGAAUCUGAUCAUGUUCUUUCUGAUCCACGUGAGUGCCGCCCUGCACACUCCCAUGUACUCCCUCCUAAAGAGCCUCUCCUUCUUGGAUUUCUGCUACUCCUCCACGGUUGUCCCUCAGACACUGGUGCACUUCUUGGCUCAUAGGAAAGUAAUCUCCUAUUUUGGCUGCAUGGCUCAGAUGUUCUUCUAUGCAGGUUUCGCCACCAGUGAGUGCUAUCUCCUUGCUGCCAUGGCCUAUGACCGCUAUGCUGCUAUUUGUAACCCCCUGCUCUACCCCAUCACCAUGUCUCCUGGGGUCUGUGCUUCUCUGAUUGUGGGCUCCUACAGUGCAGGAUUCCUCAAUUCUCUUAUUCAUACAAGCUGUAUCUUCAGUCUGAAAUUCUGUGGUGCUCACGUGGUCAUCCACUUCUUCUGUGAUGGACCACCCAUCCUGUCUCUGUCUUGCAUGGACACCUUGCUGUGUGAGAUCCUACUCUUCAUUUUUGCUGGCUUCAACCUUUUGAGCUGCACCCUCAGCAUCUUGGUCUCCUACCUCUUAAUUCUCAUCACCAUCCUAAGAAUGAACUCAGCCCAGGGCAGGUUUAAGGCCUUUUCCACGUGUGCUUCCCACCUCACUGCUGUGUGCCUCUUCUAUGGCACAACACUUUUUAUGUACCUGCGCCCCAGGUCCAGCUACGCCCUGGCCCAAGACCGUAUGGUUGCAGUGAUCUACACUGUGGUGAUCCCAGUGCUGAACCCCCUUGUCUACUCUUUGAGAAACAAGGAUGUGAAGGAAGCUUUAAGAAAGGUUUGGGGCAGGAAAAUAAUGGAAUGACCUCAACUCACACCAUAUAUCUUUAGGAAGCCAAGGGACAUUUACCUUCUGUGGUGCUAACC